AUGAUCUCGUUGCCAGUAGCGACUUCAAUGCUGUUUCUAUUCCAUACUGUACAAAGUCAAGAAAUGGAAGGCUCCACUCAAUAUGCUUGUGUCUCCCAAGUUAUUCUUAAAUUUGAAAAAGAAGUUACAGCGAAGGAACAGUAUGCGACGCCGGCUAGAUAUUGUUUGAAAAAAUUAUUUGCACAACGUGGCGACAGUUUUUCGCUGGAUCUAUUUGGAAUGGAUUGGAUGAAUUAUGAAAUGUGGGAAAACAAGAGUUUCUUCUACGGGAAGUUUCUGGUUACAUAUCAUCAUCGUGGAACGUGUCAAGUACAAAUUACUCUUUCAUUCUUGGCGGACAGUAGUAGUGAUACAACAAUAUUUAGUGGAUUAGUAUAA